AUGCUAGAGAUUCCUGUUUCCUGGAUUCUAUUUCUACCUGUCGUUUUUGUGUGGACUAUAAUUCUAGUUUUAUAUGCUACAUUCAUUGUGUUUGUUUCUGUCCCACGUUUGCAAAUAAACAUAGAACCUUCUCUACGUUCCAUACCAUUACAGAUACAAGCAUUCUUUGAAGUGUUAAUAUUACAUUUUCUAUUUGGGCUUUUAGCCUGGUCUCUCAUUGCAACAACUACAACUUGUCCCGGGUUUAUUCCAGAUUAUUGGAAGAAUCUUGAAGAAGAUGUUAUAGCGAAAAAAUGUCACGAAAGAAAGAAGAAUGGGGAACUGAGAUUUUGUAAAUAUGAAAAUUGUUACAAGCCUGAUAGAUCUCAUUUUUGCAGACAAUUAAGGAGAAAUAUACUUCGUAUGGAUCAUUAUUGUCCAUGGGUUGCCAACUGUAUUGGAUUCUUUAAUCACAAAUAUUUUCUAUUAACACUGUUCUACACAAACUUGUGCGGAUGCUAUAUAUUUUUUAUACUGUUUAAAAUAGUGCCGGAAUCAUUUUACGAUCCAAACUCGACAGUAGUUGAACUAUUUUACAUUUCUCUUGAAAUUGUUUUGGUGAUCAUUUAUUUAAGCAUCAACGUGCCAUUUUUUAUCUUUCAUUUAUGGCUUUUAAUUAAUAAUAAAACAACAAUCGAACUGCUGGAGCAAUCUAGUAAUCGGUCAGACGGAUAUAAACCUGUUAAUUACAAUUUCGGAGUUUGGUUUAAUCUUAAAAGUGUGUUGGGUUCUAAUAUUUUUGCUUGGGUAUUGCCAAUAGGAAAGCCUUGUGGAAACGGCUUAGAAUUCCAAUGUGAAGACAUAAUUGAAAAUGAUGGGAGAGGAAUAUGA